UUUGUCUAUUCGGCCCUAGCUUUUGGAGGUGCUCGGGAGCAAGCAGUGUUUUCUGUGCGUGCACUUCGGAAGAACCAGAAAGAACCAAAAUCGGAUUGGAACGGAGUUUUUUGCGCGAAAUUUGCAUUUGAUUUUUUUUUGCCCAUAGCUAAACGAAACUCAAAAUACGCAACUCAUACACAUGGCAUUACUCAUUGCUCUUACGGGAAGUGAUCACCAACAACAAUAACAGGAACAAAAGAUACGCAACCGGAACACUCAAUUGAGACGAUUAUUGGCGGUAUUGCACAAGGAAGAAAAGUGGUGCAUCCAGGAAGGCCAAUCUUUGGACAAAAAAAAUCAGUACGUGUUUCGAAGAACAGUGUAAAAUUUUGAAAAUCGUGGUUGCUUUGAUCAGUGAAGACUUGACCGCGCUUUCGCGGUUUCUGAAGUUGGUGCAUCGUGUGACUAGUGAACAACAGUGAGUGAUACGCGGGUUCUUGGCAAGUUGCGCGCCAAGUGCUCCCAAAAAGAGGUCGUGAUUUUUCCGACCGGAAGAUUUUAUUUAACAAAAAGCUGAUUGCUUUAAAUCUGUGGAAACUCUGUGUGUGAUCAUCAGAUAUACGAAUAUUUUACGGCAAUUUCUUGAUUGUAAAUCCUCUAGUAUAGUGUGACCAAAUUCUACUGAAGCAAAUGUUCAGGGGAAUCAAACCAUAAACCUGAAAGAAUAUCCUGCCAACUGCAAAGCCCAACAUAGAAUUGCGUCUCUUCGGGGGUGUUGCACUUUUCCUCCCCUUAACACAAACACCAAUGCACCACCACAAGCACCCGGCGAGGACACCCGUCGCUGAGCUGUCGUGAAGCAGCCAGGAGGAGAAACCGAUUUUCCGAGUUUGCACAAGUGCAUCAAGGGUGCAGAACCCGGCAGUUAGCAUUCGCGCAGCAAACGAGGAAGAAGUUCGUGGACUGUAGCGCCCAAAAUCGCAGCGCAUCGAAAGGGGUUUUUUCGGACAGGGAAGAAGAGAAAAAUUUAGGGGUUUGUGAUUCGUCAGAAGCGGAAGCGGAAAACCGAUUCCAAUGUGAAGUUUUUAAAUGAAAAUCUGCAGUUUUUUUGGUUUCACGAAAAUCUAUUUCGGCAUAGCAAGUGAUUAAAAUUCGAUCCCCUUUUGGAAAGUAUUUAUGUUUGAAGAAAGAAGCUGUAAGAAGUGACUAAACUCGUUGAAUUGCAAAUUGAUCAGAAAAUUCUGUGUGGAAAUCGAAGAAAUUGAAGUUUUCUCAAAUCGCAGAACGUGUAAAAAGUGUGUACAUUUUCGGAAGUGAAUAAGUUUAAAAUUAAUCAUUGUAUCAUACGCAUAUGUAUCAGCAAAAGUAUAAAUCCAAGUAAAAGUUAUCCAAACGAACGAGAAAGAAUAUUCGCAAUUUUAAGUUUAAGUGUAAAGAAGAUGUCCAACAGAGUUAGUCGAAGCAAUGAGUGCUCGCCAAUGAAAUUCUCGCAAAAGUUUACCAACUCAGGAGCAACCUGCUUCAAGCACACAAUCGCCAUCACCAUCAGCAGCAGUAGCAGCAGCAGUAGUGGCCACUCGAAUAAUUCAGCCACAGCUGCCUCCAGCCUCAGCCAAUCCCAAUGAAUCCAAACCGUAGUGGGAAAAGCCGCAGGACCACCGCAGCACCGGAACUGAUGUGAAGCAAAAACAACGCUCUAAUGUAAAACUUUUCAAUCACCCCCAAAACAUGAAACUAUACCUUUCGGUUCAAAAUUGAAACAUUUUCGGCAAAUCAAAAAAAACGAAAAAGUAACAUCAACUGUUUGAGAAUAUCAAAAUUUAACAAAAAAAAAAACCAACAGCAAACAAAAAUUGUCUUUUCGGAACAAGUCAAAACGCAAAAAAAGUAACAAAGUUCAUUGGAAGCAAAAUUCUCUUUCGGAGUUUGAAAGUUUUGAACACAGAGCUCCUGGCUAUUACUGGCACGGAAGCGGAACUGAAAUUCUGGAGUGCAAACGACGACGACGCUGUGGACGUUCGAAGUUAUUGCAAGAUCCUGCGCUCAAUUUUCAUCAACUCGCUGAGAAGAUUACGAUAGCUCAUCACGCGUGACGGGCCAUCAACAGCAGCGCCACCAUAACCUCACAUUGUUCUCCCCGUUACAAUAACCGUCAAGCUGAAUUCGCCAAAGUCGAUAGUCAAAAUGGAUCAGCAGCAGUACUGCCUCAAAUGGAGCAACUACUCGUCGAACCUGGCGGCGGCCUUUUCGAACCUGUUCGACUCGGCAACCCUGACAGAUGUCACACUGGUCUGCGGAGGUACCGUCUUCAACGCUCACAAAGUCAUCCUGGCGGCAUGUUCGAAGAACUUCGCCGACCUGUUCGAGCGGGCCCCAGUUGGCACCGGACAGAUUUGCGUCAUGCUGGAGGCCACUUCGGCCGACAACAUGCACGCUCUGCUGGAGUUCAUGUACAAGGGUGAAGUGCACGUUUCACAGAAAUCGCUGGAGAGCUUCCUGAAAGCCGCUGAGAAUUUGCAGGUCAAAGGUCUCACCACAGAGCACGGUCGUUUCGCGAGUGCAAAUGCCACCCAGUCACAGCAGCCGGCCUUCCACGAGUCAAACAACCUGCCCUCGCCAGCCUCCCGCCGACAGCAGCGGAAUUCCCUGUCCGCCUCGCUGGAAUCGAUCAACCGGAUCGGUGGUAUCGUGAAAAAUGAACCCCUGCCCGGAGGUGGUGGUGGCGGCGGAGGGGGAGGCGGUGCCGGUGGAGGUGGCAGUGGAGGUGCCACAACGCCCAACUUCUCGUCCUACCUGCCACCGACCUACAUGCCCACGCCGUACGAAAGUUCCCGGAAGCGUUCGAUCCGCAGUCCCUUCUACGAGGAAGCCACACGGGGUAGCGUGCUACGGGACGGCAAGGCCAGCGUUGGCAACGACAGUCCGGUGAGUGGCAGUAAAAACUAUCGGCCCUCGAGCAGCGGUUCCUCGGCGGCACCCACCGAAGCGGACACGGCACACACGGACCGGGAUUCGCCCCAGCAGUCGAACCGGUACGAAAACCACAGCCCCAGCACUACCCACCACGGCAACGGAAACGGACCAGUAUCAUCGAACACGUUAGAACGGGACGAUCGGAGUGAUCGGGCGCCUUCGGAGGACAAAAUCAAAUGCGAUGGCAAGGAAGGAAACGACAACGGUGCCGAAGAUCUGCGAAUGAAAUCGAACGAAAUGCGACCGAUCCAGUCACCGCUGACGUCUUCCGCCCCGCCCACCCCGACGACACCGGUGGCAUUCAUGAAAGGAGGCCUGCCCGGAGGACUGGAAGGACUGAAUCCCACCGUCGAUAUGAUAAGUAUGUUGAACGUCCAGCGGGAAAGUGUAACCACUGCGGACGGCAAAAAGCUACAGUGUCCCCUCUGUGAUCGCCAGUACGGCUACGAAACGAACCUCCGCGCCCACAUCCGCCAGCGACAUCAGGGUAUCCGCGUGCCAUGUCCCUACUGUAGUCGAACCUUCACCCGCAACAACACGGUCCGGAGACAUAUAGCACGGGAACACAAGCAACAGACGCAGUACAUGACCAACCAGCUGCACAGUUAAGAUGUUAAGUUGCGCUGAGAUGAAGACAACGCUGAAAAACGAGAAACGAACGACACAACAAACAAAAAACUGCCAGCAGACCAUCCGCAAAUCAGAUCAGAACAAUGAAGUAAAAAGAAACUCGCGAGCAUUGAUGAUAUAGAAGAAGCUGUCGCUAUGCCGAUGGCACGUGAUAAUAGGGAAAAUACGAGAAGAGCUGAAAUCCGAAAUUUAUUUCGCAAACAAACUCUGAAAUAAAUAUUAAUAGCAUAAUAAUUAGUGACAAAGAGAGGUAGGAACACGAAAUUGGCACUGCUAAAUGUCGAGACAGCUUGAUGAUGGCCGAGCCGGAUUCGUCCGGUUUCGGCAUAUUUUGAGAUGUAUUUCGCGCUAUUCUCUCAAGUGAUAUAAAAAUGGUUCCGCGGCGAGGUGGAAACUUUCUGCGGGCCCAUACACCAACCGAUGUUACCGGAUACAGAAAACCGAAUGCAAUAUUUAAGUUUCCUUUUUACUGUGCAAGCUUUUUUCCUCGUUAUGAGAUGUUUAAUCCUUCUUUUGUAUACCAAGGUUCCUCUGUUCGUACAUUUGAACUGAACUUCUUUAAUUUCUGAAACAAGUCUCCCCGGGUCUUGGAUUGAUCUAUGAUCGGGGAUUGUAUGCUUUCUUCUCCGCAUUUAGACAGGGGAUGGAGAGUUAAACAUAAUCACCACAAGUGUCAUUAUUUAUUAAUUUAAAGUGUAAUAAUCAUAGUUGAAGGAAUAAUCAUUAUCGUAACUGAUACAGAGCAGAGAGAUAAAAGUUUCAGUUUUCUCGCGCGCAAUCGAGGCACACAUAGAAGAGAUCAUCUAAUAUCAACACAAAAGAUGCUAAUUUUCUCACACAACAGAUUAACUGAAGUAACUGAAAGUAAUAGACGAGAAAUAAAUAAUGAAUAUACACAGUACCUGCUGGAAUUAAGGAAAAUAGAUUAAUGAAAAAUAUUUAAAUAUAAAUAUAUGGAUAAAUAUUUAAAUAUAUUGUAACGUAAGCGCGGUUGCAAGUUGAAACGAAACUACUACUUGAUAAAAGCAAACACAAAAAAGACAUUUCAAUUACUAAGCAAAGCAGUGCAGAAGGUGAGAAUAAGCAUAACAAACGUUAAUAUUUGAAUUGUACAAAUACAGAACCCCAAUCAAUCAACACAAGCAUAGCGAAACACAGACAGAACUAUUAUUGAUUUUCAACCGUUAGUUUGGUUUUCGACGCAUUAGGAGAAUCUUAACUUUAACUGCGCAAGCUAAGUAUAAAACUGGGUGCCUACUGAAAGAAACUACUACUACUUUAACCUACACUGAUGCUAGUACUGCAACUACUACUACUACUACCACAGCCGCAAUAUUAUUGAUCUUUUACUAUUACAGCGUAAUAGGAAAGGCGAACCGCAACAUUAGGAAAAUCAAUAGAACUAGUUACUUGUUAUACAUCCGAUUGAUCUCAUUUUUAUCAAAUCUUUAACGUUACAGAUAUAACAGUUACCCCCCCCCCCCAAUCUACCCGAUAACCAUUUCAGCAACGCAAUCGUUUUGCUUUGCGCAUAUCCUGCAGAAGCUGCAACCGAGCCGGCAUCGAUUCGGUUUCCCUCUCUUGGAAUCGUUUUCCCUGAUUGCAUCCACGAAGGGAAACCGACCGCAAUGCCAUCGCUUUGCAGCCUUAUAUGCUCUAUUUUUGUUCCGUUCCCAUUUUAAACAAUCCCCCGUUUUGGCGAAAAAUACAUCUCAAAAUUUUCACUUGAAACUGUUUGCAGAACAUAAAAAAAUCGAAGAAAUUAAAGAAGAAAACACCGAAACGCAGCCAUUUUUCUGUUGGUAAAGCAUGACUAUUAAGAAGAAAAAAACGGAAACGAACGAAUGUUACUUUGUUUUUCUGAGCUUUUGUUUGCCGAUCAGAAUCAGAGAUAGAGAAAGGUUUAAGGCGGAAAGAAUAGAUAUAGCGCCCAAGUGCGCGCGCGGAAGUUUAAAAAAAAACAUAGGAAUUCAAGAAUCAAAACUGAUGUGCUCAUAUUAAUGUGUAAGUUUUUCAAGCAACAGAACCCAAGCCAACAGCAAAUGAGUGUGUAUCGAGAUGAAAGUUUGCAAGGUGCUCUCGCUCGCUCAGCGACGAAGGUCGACGAGGUGAGACAAGGGAGGGCACGAAACGCGGGGAGUAUAGAGAUCCCGAUCGGAUCUGUCUCUGCGGUGAGAGAGCGAAACCGGAAGCGGCGGAGGGAAGUGCUUGAAGAUUGUGUUUUUUAUUUCGUUUUUUGUUUUGGUCAGAGAACUGCAUGUUGAAUGAAGUUACCUAACUCGUGGAAAGGCAUUUUGUGAGAGUAAGCGACGGUCAGAUUAGGAUAUGCAGUCCACAAAGUUGGUCUUCCUUGAAAUUUCUAGAAGAAUUUGCAAUUAUAAAUUUGGAUGAGACGCUAAAACAAAGAUUUAAUUACACUCAAAGGAGUAUUUUUUAGACAAGGAACAAAAGUGGGCUUAUUCUACGAGUAAAAUGGGGUGAGAGAUCUCGAUCUCGUAUAGCGAGAUGACAAUACUCGUUAUGAAUGAACCGUCUCACCGUGUGAAUCGAACGAGGUUUCAUCUCAUUCGAGUCAUGUAUUGUCAGCUCGCUGUACAAGACCGAGAUCACUCACAUCUGGGCUUACUUUACGAGUGGCGUGAGAUAAGAAUUGUCGGUCUCGUGUAACGAGGUGACAAUACUCAACUCGAAUGAAGUGAGAACCUAUUUGAUUUACACGGCGAGUCAGCUCAUUCGAGUCGAGUAUUGUCACUUCGCUAUAUGAGACCGAGAGCUCUCACUUCACGCCAUCCGUAGAAUGAGCCGAAUCCCUGAGCUCGUAGUCCAUUCACUUCUUCAGUAUGCAAAUAUUGAUCACUCACAGACACAGACAAUGGAUUUAUUACAUAUACAAGUGGAGUAAAGUGAGAAACCUCGGUCUCACCUAGCAGGUGAUAAAGCUUGACUUGAAUGAGGUGAGUAUCAGAUUGAUUGACACUGCGAGUCACUUUAUUAUGUUGAGUUUUCUCGCCUCGCUAUAUGAGAUUGAGAGUGCUCAUGUAGUGUACUUAACUGAUUCUCUAAGUGGAGUGAGCUGAGAAAUUUUGGUCUCAUACAGCGAGAUGACAAGACUCGACUUAAACGAGGCGAAACUCUAUUUGCUUUACACGGCGGUCUUCCUUGAUUCGGCGGUCAUUUCAUUCGAGUCAAGUAUUGUAACCUUGCUAUACGUGUCUGAGAUUUAUCACUUGUAGAAAAAGGCCAAACGUGUGCCUCAAAUGUGCCUCAACCGCAUUUUUUCGUCUAAUCACAUGUGGGCUUAUUCUACGUCUCUAUUCUCGGUCUCGCAUAUCGAGGUAACAAUGCUCAUCUUCUAUGAGUAAAAUAAGGUGAGAAAUCUCGGACGCACAUAACAAGUAACAAACCCGAAUGAGAUGAGUUCUCCUUUGAAUAGAACGUUGAAUCACUUCAGUCGAUUCCAGUACUGUCACCUCGCUAUACGAGACCGAGAUUUCUCACGUCAAUUUACUCGAAGAGUGAGGGGAUUGAAAAGGAGUCCCUGAAGGGACUCGCUGUGAUGAUUUAGACGGAGACUUAUCUUAUCCGAGUCGAGGUGAGAUCGAGAUGUUUCUUCUUAUACGACUCGUAGAAUAAGCCCGAUGAACUGAAGAUACCAUGAAGAUAACACUUAGGGUUUAUUCUACGAGUGAGGUGAGUUUAGCUGAGAAAACUCGGUCUCGUAUAGUGAGUUGAAAAAACUGUAUUUGACUGAGGUGAGUUCUCGUUUGAUUGACACGAUAUUCCAGUCCAGUAUUAUCACCACAAGAUCGAGAUCUCUUAUCUCACUUUGAAUGCGUUUAUUAAUAAAUGAUAGAGUGUGCUAUUUCAUUUAUAUCCAUUCAAAAAAACUUUUUUGUAAAGACAGAAAGCAAAACUUCCUAUAGGGCUUCGUAUCAAACAAAUAACAUUUCUAAGGAAUCGUUCACUUCAAAAUUAAGCCUUGAAGGAAAUGUGUUUACUAGCUGCAAAUUCACGUGAAAAACUUUAUACCACAGACAAACGGACGUCACAUUCACAUCAAAUUUCGAUCAAAAUCAUUGAUGCAGAACCAUUGUCGCCCAAUACUAGGAGCAUUGCAUUUCGUCGAGUAAGUUAUCACACAGAUCGGACGUAUCGGUUUUCUUCCAUUGUACCAGAUGGAGAAAGUGUGUAAAAGUCAGACUCGAACAAAAACGAUGUGAGAGUUGCGGUCAGUGUUACGUGUACUUGUUUGUGUUAGGAAAUAUGGCAGACUUUUUGAUUUUGAAUUUAUCUACAUGUUUGCUGAAUGAAUUUUCGCUCAUUGUAUCAACUAAGAGACACGAGUUAUAACAGUACUUACACAGACAAGUCGGAUGUCACAAUUUCGUCGCUGUCUGUUGACCACCUUCUUAACGGUCGAUUCAAAUUUGACGUUUAAACACUACCGCCACCUGGUUCUCCAUGGGUCAAACGCAGGGAUUCCAGCAUUUGGCGUACAUGUUCUCGCGGUGAUAAUUUUGAUCACGAUUUCUUUUGAAUGUUGUGUCUUUUUGUCUGUGGUUAUUACGUUAUGGCAUCAAUCCAGCGUUUUACAAGAGCUAAUGGCUGCCACAAGCAGAAUCACUUUCAGGAAGGGUACAAAACUCUAAGGUUUGAUUUGUGUCUUUCAAUAUUGAACGGAACUAAGUCAUACGUCAGAUUGCUUGAUCCCUGUCAGAAAGUCAAGCUGUUUGUGGCAGCCAUUAGUGCUUUAAAUAAGCUACAUGCUACAUGCGGUGAACUCAAUUCUUGAUAGUGGUGGUUCCGGUGAUUCUCAUACUUGGAUGACUUAAAAAGGGAUCAUAAUCUGUCAUGUCGUUUACUCUACACACUUUAAUUACGUGUUAGUCAGUUACGGGUAUAUUUUUUGUAAUAUAAUGGCAAUAUCCAAUCAGAAGUAGUAUAUUUAACUUGUUUAAGUCAUAUUCAGGUAAUUUCAUUCAAAUAAAGGUGCAGACAUAGAGUCGUUACUUUAUUUUCGAGGCACUAACAGCUCCGCGCAAAGCUUCCACGUUAGGCUCACUUUCAUCGAGAUACCGCUUGCAGACGAAGAAGGAUAACGCGAAAAGGAUAUGAGUUGUUCAUAGAUGAAACAGAUUACAAAAUAGGUGAAAUGGAACAAUAAUAGUGAUAUUUAAAGCAAACAUCGUACCCUUAUUGAAAUAGACUCAACAUUACAACAAACAUUGAAUAAUGAACGUUUUGUUAGUUUAACAGUUAGACGAAGCAAUUGGAACUCAACUGGAACUUGUCGUUUCCAUCCGAGACAACGGGUUCGUUCCAAAACUGCCAUCAACAUUUGUCACGGUAUACCUCAUUUUAUAUUCGUUUGCUUAGUAUCUAGAAACAGUGCAUUUCUCGUUUUACCAACCGACAAUUCAUUUUCUUCCUUAUAGGUUUUUAUUUACGAAAGGAUGGACACAGUUUUAAAUAUAGAAAGUAAAACAAUACACAACAAAGAAAACAAGUCAUAAUCAAAUAGGGAAAAACCGAAAAAAAGAUUGAUGAUCGCUGAAAUCAACUACCUCCAUUUUUUAUAGUAAAACGUAAAAAAAUCAUUAUAAGCAAGCAUUUAAACAGCACAUCUACUGCUCAUUAAAUGUUUCUCUUCUUUACACACUUUAAAACACAAAACAAACAACAGCUCCACCCACGCAUUAGCGACCCCAACCAACAAAAAAAAAAAUCAUUUUUAAGAAGUAAUUUUAGUGAAACACUUUACGUAUGCGUUAAGUUCUCCGCAUUGGAAGAAAACGGCAAACGAUUUCAAUACAAGUUUCCUUUUCAGUUUCGGUUAAAGUACGAGAAUCAGAAACACACGAACGAAAGGCGCAACAAAGGCAUAAUAAUUUAAAAUUUAACGUGUUUGCAACGCAAUAGUGUCCGCAUCAAAUUUCAAAAUUUAGCUGUAACUCAAAAAGUAAAACUUCAACAUAACACGAGUGAAAUGUUUCGGAUUUUAAAUCAAAAUUUAUAAUAUCAGCACGGAAAAAGCGAAAGAAGGCGAAAAUUACGAGAAAAAAAAAGCGAGAAAAAACAACAACUUUUGGGCAAAGAGAGAAAAAUUUCGGACGUUUAAGAAUUUCAGGCCGCGGAUUCAAAACAAAAACAAACUUUGAGAAAAAGGCGAGAGCGAAAACAAAAACAAAAAGAACACACGUUUGGACGAUAACUACAAGGUAAAAAAAAAACAAAGAUACAAAAUGGCGAGAAAAUCAAGUGCGAGCACUUUAAAAGUUUAAUUAUUAAGGACAUGUCGAGGCAAAAAAAAAACAAAAGCGAGAGCGAAGAAAGAAUAAAGGCUUAAAAAUUGCGAAAAUGAGAAGAAUCAUACAAAAAAAAAUCUCCUGUAAAUAAUUUCUACACCGAAAAAUCACGGAAGAUUCCAGAAGAAAAAAACAUUAAAACACAAUACAUAUUUGAGAAGAUAGGGGUCGCAGCAUACGACGCUAUGCGAAUAAGAAAGUGAACGUAGGAAGGAGGAGACGAAGCUGCAAAUAAAACAGUGAAGGCAAAGCAAAAAGAAGCUAUCAAAUAGCUUGGAAAAUUGAAAUUUAAUAAAAUUAAAUUUGGAUGAUCAGAGCGAAAACCGCGCGGGAAGGGCGAAGGGAUGAUUGUAGUGGAAGCAAAAUUAAUUAUAACCGUAACAAGAAAGCUAAUAUCUAGAGUGUAAACCCUUUUGAUGAUGGAAAAUUUAAGUAACCAUACCCUUUAGAUUUAAAAAUUACUGGAAGAAAAAAAGUAUAAAUAUUACACAAUGGAAUGAAUAUAAAUCUAUUGCUAAAUCUUACCUAAAAUUCAAAAGAAGAAGGAAAUGUAAAGUGGUGACCAGUCGCGAGGACGAGAGGUGUAAAUAGGAACAGAAGGCACGCAGCAAACAUGCAAAAUGUAUCAAAAAGUUUAGGCUAAAUUCUGAGCGUAAAAAUGAAAUAGGAAAUGACAAAGUAUAACAAAAAAAAAAAAAAAUAACACGUUUGGAUCCAACCCAAUGAAAAAGAGGAACUAGACAAGUUUGAGUUCACCUUUUGUUUUCUGGAUUCCGGAAACGGAACCUUCACUGUGUACAAUCUUUUGGCAAAGCAAAGAGAGUAAAAAUCGUUUCGGCAUCGUCAUUGACCUCUUAGUUAGAAAUGUUUAGGCAAACGUUUUCAAAAUUAAACCAAUUUUUAAGCAAAAUUCUAAAUUCUAAAGUAAAGAGAAGUUUUGGUUGCUGUUUUUUGUUGGGCAAACUAAAGAAAAUUAUCGAACGUUUUUACAUCAGUGUAGGAGGCGAAAUAUGAGUGUGUCACCAGUUUACAUUAAUGCUAAAAUAAUCGUCAAAAUUUUCUAGGCUAUUUUACUACUAGUACUUUCGGAAAGCGUUUCGGCAUUUUUUCGGUAUCUAUCCCAUUCAAACACACAUACAAACGCACCUCAUCAAUAGAAAACCCAAAUGGUAUGAAGCAAAGUGCAGAAACAGGAUGUAAUAUUAUUUUGGCAUACGAGGAAUCCCACUAGCAGAGAGAAAGAGAGAUAUGAUAGAGGAGAGGAAGAGGGAAAACGUUGUAAGAAACAAAUAACAGGAGCAACAACAAAAAAAAAAAACACCGAAAGAAGCAGGCAGUUUUUCAAUUUUUCGGCUUUGGCUUUGGGUUUCCGGGGCUGUGCCCAACCUGUGUGUAGCAAGUGCAAUCUUUGCGGCCACCCCGGAAGCUCGCGCCUCAAUUUUGAGCCUUUUUUCGGGAAAAGGAUAACGAAGAUCUUCAACCGGGAUCGGGAUUUUGUUCGUAGAACAGGAUUGAUUCGUGUUUAUUGUUUAAGUUUCUCAGUUUCUCCUGUAUGAUUUUGUUCAGUUUCACUACUGUUACUUGUAAAACUUGUGUUAUAAUGCAAUGUGAAUAUCCGAUUGCAGUAAGAAGUGUAAAGUUUAGACAUGUAAAAGAAGAAAAACUCAACUAGUCACACGUGCAACACACUCAGGUACAAUAAAAAAACAACUGUAAACGUUUAUCAUUAAGAAAUAAAAAACAACUUUGCGAAAGAGCAAGCAAAAACUUUUGAAGUAAGGUAAAACUUAGAGAGACAUUUAACAAAGUUAAUUACAUUAACAGUAAUUUUAGUUUAGUAUACCCUCCUGGUUUAGUUUACUUUUCGUGUCCGAAUGCUUAAGUUUUACCGUGCAAGCUUGUUUUACAGUAGAGUACGUAGUAAUAGAGACACACUGUGGAGAAGAAAAAAGCGAAAAUUGAAAAAAAAAUCAGAUAAAUAGCGAUUUAUUAGGUUAAGCUUAAGUGGAUAAGUGAUACAGAAGGAUAUACUUAAAACGACAGAAAUACGUAAAAAGCUGUUAGGGCUUUUCUUUGAAGAAAAACACUAAAUCGAACAGUAAUCUGACACGGAUUACGGACAAAAAAACAAAAAUUCAAAAUUGCAACCAAAUUUCAACAAAAUUUAAAUCAUCUAAGUAAAUAAAACUUCAAACAAAGCAAAACUCAAAAAUCACACGAACAAAUUGUAGAUUUUGAACAUUCUUUGGAGAGAUAAUUUUCGGAAUACUGAUUUAGGAUUCAGUUUUUGGAUAACUGCAUUUUCGGAACAUAAAAUAUACAACAGUCCGCAGCCAGCGCAUGUGAAGAUUUCCCUCCGCGGCGAAUCGAUCCAAACUGACAGCAAUUUGCCAGCACGAUCGUGAUCGUCGUCGGUCGAGAUCUUCCCGCGCGGGUUGCAUCAAAACCACAAGGGACAACGUGGAAGGGAAGGGGGGAAUCGUGUAAUUUGUUUGUGCACGGACUACCAGAGGCAAUAUGCGAGGCUAAUUUCAACUGACAGCUUAUCUACUACUUACAAAGCAACUACAGCACUAAUAGAAGCUAAACAAACAACCUGAGGCUAGCAAAAAAAAAAACGCGGUAACACUGCGAGAGGCUUUCAUCACUGUGUGUGCCAAUAAUGCUGUCAGAAAACGAAACAAAAAAAAAUCACAAUCGGAGGCUUUUCAAGGCAGUCCGUGCACCUGAUUAGAUUGGAAUGAGACCCCUUUUUCCGAAACGUUGACUCAGAACUUUGAUGCGUUCAGUCGUAAAAUUUACGGUUCUGUUAUAAUGUCUUGAUGAUUCGGAGUGGAUAUUUCGAGUUUGUUUGCCAUGAAUGCUGUAAAAUGGCGCUUCAUGUGUCUGGAACUUUAAAAUGGAUGGUAUUCUUUACUGAUGCUGUCUUGUUUCUUUGGUGAUCAAUAAUCCUAACACCCCUUCCUAACUUCCAUUCAGAAUACUAGAGCCCAAUAGAUAAAGCCCACCAUUGCAACUUUGAAUAAAAAAACUAUUUUUGAAGGAUUGAUUAUCGCUCAAUGAUUAAUAUUGGUUUCUUCGCAGUCGAAUAGACGUAACUCUUAGUAAAAAUCCAUAGAGAUAUAUGAAUUAUUCUUUUAUAGUGAAUGCACUAUUAUCUACUAAAUAUACUUUGAAUGCAUUCAGCAACGUUCACACUAGCGAAUGUUAAAGCGAUUAAGCAAUGGCGCUUCUGCUCAUCGAUAAACACGUCUACCAUUCUCUGUGGUAUCUAGUUUUUCGUCAUGCUCGUUCAUUGGGCGCCAAUUUCAACUAACAAUUCAUCAAUUCACUAUCAGAGCAGUAAAAAUUACGACUGAAUCGAUCCAAGAAUAGUGAUGGUUGCCGACGGUGACGGUCAUCCUUCCAGGAGCGAUUUCACCGGAAGCAACACAAGAAACUAUACGCAAUAAGCUAGUCUAAUUUGUUCGACACCAAGACUCACAACCUUUCACCCCCGAAAAUCCGGUUCUCUGUUGCCGGUUGUGCGCUUCCUCUAGAAUCGGUUCGAUCCACUUCCGCUAGGCCUAAUGGCAAUGUUUCGGCACGGGCUUUGGCAGCAUUUGACAAACCGAACUAAAAUAACCGAAACGGUCUUCGGCCGUUGUUACACUGAAUGCACGUUGACGUUUUAUAUCAUCAACCGGAAAGACUGCUAUUUACUGUUACCUCAUUUUUUGUAUACCGAAUCAAUAGUUUUUACUUAUUUUUAGUUUUAAACAAACAGCCCAGAAAACUGUUUAGAACACGAGUCAGAACUGCCAAAGCGAAGCCGGCCAACUGCUGUCAGCCAAAGUGUGAAUCGAGCUGAAUUUUAUCGAUUGGCGUACAGCGCGGCCAGAGUCGGACCAACAGCCUUAAAGAACUUAAAUAGUUUAUGGAAAAGAAGAUGGAACAUAGAAGAAACAGUUGAACUAGAGUUAAGCUCAGUAUUCCUUGUUUUUAAUUUGUUUAUAAUUUUGUUUCUAGAUGACCAACCCGUUCGCCAUUGGCGGGUGAAACGAUUUGCAAUAGUUACAGUAAAACAGUUGAUCAAUGAUGAAAUAGUUUAAAAGUAAUAAUGGGAAAAAGUAAAAUACAUUUUAAGAUAAUAGACGAAUUAUUUAUUGAAUAACUGCAUUUUUUCUUCAAAUGAAAUGGAAAAACAGAAUCUACAAAAGUGUAAUAACUGAUAAAUAUUUACAAUAUUUCUAAUGAAACAAAGCAGAUAGAACCAUAUACAAGAAACAGUUAACAGUACCCUUAUACAGUACUGACAAUAGUUCAUUUUUUGUACAAUAGUUAAGAAGAAGACAUACAAAUCAAUACAAGCAGCUUCCACACAAGUUCUUCAAAUCAUUUUAAUUGUUUGUUAAAAAACAUACCAUAGAACCAAAUCAUCCAGAAAUGUACUCGAAACGGCAAAUAUUUCUUUAAACCCGUAUUCCACAACCCUUCACACACACACAUAGUUACACAAUAGAAAACUGGUUUCAUUUACACCAGCUACAAUAGGUUGAUUAUAAUAAUGCAGGAAAAGCAGAAAAAAUAGAACUGGUUGAACUAAAGUAAUAGUUAAAGUGACGAGUAUUUAUUGUUAAUUCUGUAGAACACCGCAAGGGGGCUCGAACCGGUGCCGUAGCGCGGCGUCGGCUUCGAGCACUAUUCAACUAAACAUAUGUUAAAAAUAGUUACAGAUCUGAAAGAAUUAAGCUUACCCCUUACGUUUAGUUUUCCGAAGUUCACGUAAAACUUGAUUGCAUAAAACUAACAAUCAUUAUUUAUUUGUACAUAAGCAAAAGCAAACUACAACCCAUACAUGAAGCAUGAUUAUAAGUAGCUCACAACUACACCCAUAUACUGCUCCAAUAACGAUUCAGAAACCAUCUAAAAACAAUAUUCGACUGACUGACACGACACGGACUUUUCAGACUCCCUGGACAAUCACACGCUCCUCGAACGAGUAGACCUGUAUGAUUUAAAAGUGUUGUCGCGUUAACGUAAUUCACAUCAUGCGUGAUCAACUGUAGCACCUACGUCAAAUUUAAUCGAAAUAAAUUUAUUUUAGCAAAAAAAAAAAAAGUUU